AACAUCGCAAACAAAAGACGCAAAUAACCCCUCUAAAUUUUUGUUCGUGCAAAAUUCCACGUACUAACUCUCCAGUGGGAUAAAUAUUUAUCAAUUCAUAAUAUAACGUGGCUGAUAUAUCGUGAACCAAAAGAAGCUGACUUCAUAGUGAAUUCAAAAAAUUCUAUUUCAGUUUCCUUGUAACGUCAGAAAAUUGAAAACGUGGAAGUUUUGUGUCAAGAUAUUGAGAAGUGUUGGAAGUUUUCGGUUUGGUGGUAUGAUUUUUUGAGAAAUGGGUAUGAUUACAAGGGUAAGAGGAAGGUUAAGAAGUUUACAUACAUUACCAAAGCUCGAUCCCCAAGAAAGGGAUGAGAAAAUAGCUGAAACAGUGUGUUUACUUUCCGUGCUUUUUCUACUACCAUACUGUUCAAGAGGCCACUCGCCAUUAAUUUUAAGUUUGGGAGGAUGGUGCCUAGCAAGUUAUUCAUUUUUGGUACUUCCUGUAUUAAUAUCAGCGAAUUAUAAAUAUCCGAUGAGAUGGUUGCGGCAACUUGGUAAUAAAAUCGUAGAUUUAUUUAUGAAGUACUACGGACCAGUUUGUUAUAUUCUCUACAAAAUAUAUGAGCCUUUAGAUAAAUGCGAAAAGGUUUUCAUGAAGAUGUCUAACAUUUCUAACUUAAUCACACAGUUGAUCUUCUUCAUGAUGUGCGACAGAGUAUUACUAUGUGACUUUGGUGGUACCAACUGCCCACAGAAAAAAAUAACAGGAUUGUACUCAUUGAUGUUUUACAAUGUGAUAGCUUAUUGUACGAGCUACAUUAAAGAAUUGGUAGAGAAAGAAGACUGGUCUGUUACAGUGAGAAUGACCCAGCAUAGUAACAUAAAACAUGUCGCUAUGUCUGCUACAAAAAUUGUAUUAGAAUGGACGAAAGCAGUAACUUUUAUCAUAACCGUAACUUUUAUGCUUCUUGUAUUUGGAUUAGAGCAAGGAUUAGAGCAUUAUCAACCAACUGCUUUAUAUACUUUUGUUACUUGGACCUAUUAUAUGUGCACCGAAAAAGUAUUUGUUGAAUUAUUCUUACCGUUACUGCUUUCACUGAAAUUAAAAUCUUUGGAAGCACUAGAACCGUUGUAUGCACCAGUUCUACUCAGAUACUACACAAUUGGUUUAGCUGUAAUUAUUGUAACGCUUCUCAGCUUUCAUGGACAACUACGCUUUACUGCUUUAUCGUUUCAUCUUACGGUUUUCUUACGGACUAAAGAUUUAGUGAUGAAUUAUCUGAAGAAGCUUAAAGCCGAACAAGCACUUUUAGGACAAUUCCGAUAUGCUACAGACGAAGAAAUAAGAGAUUGUGAUGAUGUUUGUGCUGUAUGCUUAAGCGCAAUGGAAAGAGCAAGAGUAACUCCAUGUCAGCACAUGUUUCAUGCAGUUUGCUUGCGCCAAUGUUUAAAUAAUUCGUCAAUGUGUCCGAUUUGUAAACGACAAUAUACUUUCGUACACUAAAAUUAAUUAGAUGUAGCUUUAGAUUAAUUUAUUUAUAAUAUUUUAGUUUUUAAGUGAGCCAAUAUAUAUUUUUUCAUAUUUACAUGUUCUUACCUAUUUGUAUCGCAAUAAAAUUAAAUAAAAUUC